AUGCUGUCCGAUGAGUCGUCCUCUUCACUGAGUCUUCCAGCCCAUCUUGCGACGCGUUUCGCCCGGAAAACCAGCGUAGUGCGACGCUCUUCCGCGGUCUCAUCCCGGCGGGGCUCUAUUUCUUCCUUGCAUUCGCAACACUCGAGUGCCUCCCAUGGAGCAACUGCUACCGAUAAUAUCGCGCAACAUCUGCGACGGGCGUCGAUUUUAGAAACCAGGAAAGCAAGACUUGCGGAUCGGGCGCUGCAUGCAGAGAAAGUGAGGCUACGCGCUGCUCUGACAAAAGCUGCCACUCGAAACCUCCAGAGAGAAGGGAGAGCCUUAGCUGCCCAACAAGCUCGUGAGCGGCUAUUGGCAGAGAUCACAGCUAAGUGUGAGGAGGAAGUUCGGCGUGCGAAGAAGAAGGCAGAAGACAACCGCGAGAAGAAGGCGGCAGAGCACGCGCGUCUUCGAGUUGAGAUGGCCGAGAAGUUUGCGGAGGCAGAAAAGAGACGUCUUCUAUAUCAGCAAACCCCUAGGCGUCAUCGCACAAGCAGUUCUACAACCGAAGAGAGGAAAACUGCAACUAUGAAACAUCUUACUGAAGAUGCCGCUGCGCGCAAAGUCCAGAGGGUUUGGAGGACAUAUCAUGCCCGACUGAUAAUGCGAGAAUUUCUAAGUCUUAACAUUACAACAGAACGCAUUCGUGACAUGAGUUUUGAAGAAGUCGGUGCGUUAUUAUCGGCGGAGGAAGUCCUGUCCACAACUGCUCGAGUGCUUCGGCUUUGCGGCUUACAUGAUAUGGAGAGCGGAACAAUCGGUGGCCGAGGUGCUGUGCGCACAUUCCUUAGUAGCUACUUGAUUGUCACACAUCCUGCUGAAGUUUUGAGCGGAGAUGGUGAACAGGAGCAAGACUUGAUUUUCAAGGCACAGGAACUUCUCUCUGCUUUUAAACAAGUGACCCCCCUGCUGUCUUCUGGCUGCUGUUCUCCGGCGACGAUUUCCGCCGAAAUUCAGACUCUGUGUGAGGAAUACAAUGUCUUCUUUUCUGCAUUCCAUGCGUGGAAGACACAUGAUUCCAGUGUUUUGAUCGAGAUUAUGCUCGCCCAGUUUGUGGAAUUGGAAUUAAUAUGGCAGACAGUGAAGGAUGACCAAGCUGGAGGUGUAGCAGAUGACUACCGUCAAGGUAUCAGACAGAAUCAAAUUCUACUACUCGCUAGGCUCAAGCGUCUGGCAGGCUCUGACAGAGCAAUGCAGAUGGUCCGGGAUGCCUUGAAAAGGGCCAAGCGACAGAAGAAAAAGUCGGCUUCCAAGCAGGCCAUUCCGCGGUCAGCAGAAGUAGCGUCUGCAACAACUACCACCGAAGCUCUCGCUGAAAGCGUUGCAUCACCGAUUAGUGAAAGCUUCAAUAACGUGGACAGCGCGGUUCUGCAAGAGUUAGAGAAGCAGCGUAUAUCUCCACAUGAGCGGUUCUCGAAACUUCUAACUGCUCUUCCUGAAAAUCGUGCUCUAGUCCAUGAGCUUCUUAUCAACAAAGAGUUCAAAAUUGAGGAACAGUCAUAUACAGAGCCGCGUAAGCGGGUCAUGGAGCACAUGUGUGCUUUGAUGCGCCGAGACGUGGAGGCUGGCAUGGGUACAAAUUGGAUUGUCGCCAUGGCCACGGUUAUACAGGAUCGCUUAUUGCGUUCCCUACGACCUGGCAAUUCCCUCCAUGUGUUGAUUAGUGAAGUUCUCGAUCCAAAACUGGUAGAGAAUCAGUGCAAAGCGGGGGCUUUCUCCUACGACGCCUUUUUCAAUUUUAUGACCUCAAUUCUUCCAAAGCUUUGCGCACCUUACCGUGACCCUGCGGUCAAUGCAUUUGCCGAUGACACGUCGGGAGAUGCGAUAGAUCGCUUGGCGAGACUCAUGGGGAUUAUUGACCUUUUGUCUCUUGAUCAUACCAACUUCAUGAUCCAGGUUGCUGCUCCUCAGCUUAUUCAAGAAGCCCCUGGGUAUGAACAAAGAACCUUCGAGAGAGGUCUCCAGGAUGGCUCCUUUGGCAUAGGAAAGAGCCGCCGUUUUUGGCGGACGCACCGUAAAAUAAUGGCCGAUGAAAUGCGAAAACGCGAUCCCGAGAAUGUCCAUGGGGAACCGCAGCCACCUGCCUCGAAAAUUUAUGCCCAUGGACUCGUUGAUCUCGUUUUCAGCAAUGCACCGGUAUCUGACGAUUUGGUCCCCGAGACCUUGGAGCUGGAUCGCCAAAGAUUGAACACACUACACGCUCAGGCUUUUAAAAUAGUAGCUACAGCUUCAAUCCUUUUGACUGCCAAGAACUUACUCAAACGCGAUGCACGAGCGCAGUGGAAGGCUGAAGCUGACCGGAUAUUGUCCUUGGAUUUCAAUGAUGUUUCCUCGGACCGGAUUCAGUCAAUCCUCGAGUCUACUCAUCCUAUGCCCUCCAACGCGAGUACUCAGCUGACGGCGACUAUCAGGCGAGUACUCUCUCCGGUCGCGACAGCAUGUGCAGCUGCAUCUCUCACGGCAAGCCAGACAUCGGUUGAAGUCCAUACAGAGAUUCCCACGCAGGGACCGUCGUUCUCAUCAGAUUCGACAAGUACCACAACAUCUAGUACACCCGGAAAUGGUGCGACCGGCUUCGCAGACCCAGUCGCACGUCUUAUACUUUCCCGUUUACGGGGCCACGUGCUUUCCCGACUCAGUGCAUCAAGUGCGAGCGAAAGAGUGCGAGCAACGAGUACUGCGAGCCAGAGUUUAGCUGGAGCAGGUAUGCCAGAGUUCGUGAAUCAAGUCGGGCAAUUGACAGAGGAACUUGGAAAAGUGCGUGAAGUUGAUUGGUUAUGUCAUGGAAUGAUCUAUGAAGGGAUUUUAACCGAGAGCGGUCGUUUGAGUCCAGUAUCCUAA